AUGCGCCGUGUGUUUUGUGUCCUGUUGGUGCUGGCACUACUGUGCUGCUGCUCGUGCGUGUUUGCCGUGGAGGAAGUGGAGGAGCAAGAGCCGCAGGUAACGCAGGUGAAUGCAGAGUGUGCGGGUGACGGUAAUGUUGCGCGCUGGCAGCUCCCUGGGAAUUCAUUGUGGUACAACUGCACGGUUGAAGAUAAUGGUGUGGGGAAGGAGAUUUGCGGCAUGGGCGGCGGAAACUGUACGUCCGAGGCUUCACAGAGUCGCGCCAAAGGAGUUGCGAAGGGCGGUGUCUUCACGAUCAACGUCACAUCGCCCACUCCAAGCGCGGUGAAGAGUUGGUGGGAGAGUAACGUGAAGUCGAAGGCGGUCACCGUUGAAAGUGUUGCGGCCAAACCUCCGGAAGGACCUCCAAGCCCUCCAGAUGAGAAAAUUUCUCGUGAAACAUUUUCCAGACCGGAUUCUGAAUCUUUUCCGGACGGCGCUGAGAAUUCCGCGGAUGUCCCUCCUUCCCCUCCACCUGCAACUCCAGGCGGCGCUGGUGCUAACCCUGUUGCUGGCGCUGCGGCCACGACGGAUCCUUCUGCUGCGGCCUUGGGAGCACUGGAUUCCGCCCCCUCUGGUGAUCCUCAAGGCCCUUCACAUUCUGCCUCUGCUGCUUCUCCUGCACCCGAAUCCCCACCAGAUCCAAAGCCCACAGAAGGCGGCGGCCACUCCUCCCAUGAACCUCCAGUGGAGCUGCGGGAAGAGACUGCUGCUGCGCCACCGACUCAGUUGUCCCAGACCGGCGAGGACGGGGGUGCAGCGGAAGGCACCGAAGAGGACACCGCCGCCAACGCCACCGACACUGCUUCCGGCGAAGGAAAUGCUACGGCGGCAGGCAUGUCGGCUCCCCUUUCCUCUGCGCCCACAACGAACGCGCUGGAGAACAGUGUGGGAACUGACGCCUGCUUCCAUGGCACCCAUCUGAAUGCCCUGCCACUGCUUUUUCUGGCCGUCCUUGCGUACGGGACACUGGGCUGA